AUAAACAGGUGACACGUCACGCUGGUCGUUAGAUUUAGUGUCGGUGUCAUGCUGAACAUUUUCAAUAAAUGACUCAAAAACGGACAGACGGACGUGAACGCGACGGGAUUUCCGACGCUCGUGCCCGCGCUCCUGUGGCUGUCGGUCCCUCUCCUCCGCCUGUGAACGCGCGGGACGCUGGGAGCGAGCGUCAGUGAUCCAAGGACAGAGCAGAGGGGCUCGCGAGCAUCAGGUCACCUGGAAUUCCGCGAGCGUCGCGAGCCCGUACCGAAGCGGAGGAGACCCGGACCCGGAGCAACAGCACCGAGCCCGGGAGAACCGGGCUGUCCGUGACGGUCCGACCCGGACCCCAGCGAUCCCGGUGUCACGGGGCUCCAACGGCUCUCUGUCAUAAACAGCAGCAGCCUCAGACCCACGGACACACCGAACCGGGCCCACGGAAACACGGGAGGACAAAACAGGAAUCAACAGGAGGCCGAGUAACGGAUCCAGAACCCGCAGGACCGGAUCAUGGAGCUGCGCGGCGUGCUGCUCCUGGCCGUGCUGCAGUGCUGCUCGGUGGCGCUGUGCGGCUGCGAGCCGCGGCUGGUGAACGUGGGCGCCGUGCUGAGUCAGAAGCGCUACGAGCAGGUGUUCAAGGAGGCGGUGAGUCAGGCCAACGCUCUGUACGGGAAGGACAAGUUCAAGAUGAACGCCAUCUCCGUCACGCACAAGGCCAACGCCAUCCAGAUGGCCCUCUCCGUCUGCGAGGACCUCAUCUCCAACCAGGUGUACGCCAUUCUGGUCAGUCAUCCUCCACAGUCCAACGACCACCUGACUCCAACGCCUGUCUCCUACACCGCCGGUUUCUACCGAAUCCCUGUGGUCGGCCUGACGACACGCAUGUCCAUCUACUCUGAUAAGAGCAUCCACCUGUCGUUCCUGAGGACGGUGCCUCCGUACUCCCACCAGGCACAGGUGUGGUUCGACCUGAUGAGGGAGUUCAGGUGGAACCACAUCAUCCUGAUCGUGAGCGACGACCACGAGGGCCGAGCCGCCCAGAAGAGACUGGAGACCCUGCUGGAGGAGCGUGAGACCAAGACUAAAAACAGGAACUAUGAAAACCUCGACCAACAGAACUUUGACUUCAGGAGAACACCCAAGGCUGAGAAGGUGCUGCUGUUCAGCCAGGACACCAACCUUACCGCCCUGCUGCUGGAGGCGAAAGACCUGGAGGCCCGAGUCAUCAUCCUCUCUGCCAGUGAAGACGAAGCUGCGCUCGUGUACAAAGCCGCCCGGCAGCUCAACAUGACCGGCUCUGGUUACGUCUGGCUGGUCGGAGAACGGGAGAUGACCGGCAAAGCUCUGAGUGAAGCUCCAGACGGCCUGCUGGGCCUCCAGCUGAUUAACGGUAAGAACGAGUCGGCGCACAUCGCGGACGCCGUGGCCGUGGUGGCGCAGUCUCUGCAGGAGCUGUUUGAGAAGGAGAACAUCACUGAACCUCCACGGGGCUGCGUGGGAAACACCAACAUCUGGAGGACCGGGCCACUCUUUAAACGGGUGCUGAUGUCAUCAAAGUACCCCGACGGCCUGACAGGACGUAUCGAGUUUAACGACGACGGCGACCGGCGCUUCGCCACCUACAGCAUCCUGAACUACCAGCAGAAACCAGGUCGCCUCGUCCAGGUUGGAGUCUUUAACGGAACACAGGUUGUGAUGAACCCUCAGAGGAAAAUCAUUUGGCCUGGAGGAGAGACAGAGAAGCCAGUCGGAUACCAGAUGUCGACCAGACUCAAGAUCGUGACGAUUCAUCAGGAGCCAUUUGUUUACGUGAAGCCAACAAAAAGCGACGGGACGUGUAAAGAGGAGUACACCGUCAACGGAGUCCUGAUCAAGAAGGUGAUCUGUACUGGACCCAACGGGACCAUACCAGGUCAGCCCAUCGUCCCUCAGUGUUGCUAUGGUUUCUGCAUCGACCUGCUCAUCAAGCUGGCCAUGAGUAUGAACUUCACCUAUGAGGUUCACCUGGUGGCUGAUGGGAAGUUUGGCACGCAGGAGCGAGUGAACAACAGCAACAAGAAGGAGUGGAACGGGAUGAUGGGGGAGCUGCUGGGAGGCCUCGCCGACAUGAUCGUCGCCCCGCUCACCAUCAACAACGAGCGCGCUCAGUACAUCGAGUUCUCCAAACCCUUCAAAUACCAGGGGCUCACCAUCCUCGUCAAGAAGGAAAUCCCUCGCAGCACUCUGGACUCGUUUAUGCAGCCGUUCCAGAGCACACUGUGGCUGUUAGUCGGUCUGUCGGUCCACGUGGUGGCAGUGAUGCUUUACCUACUAGACCGGUUCAGCCCGUUCGGAAGGUUCAAAGUGAACAGCGAAGAAGAAGAGGAAGACGCCCUCACCCUGUCCUCGGCCAUGUGGUUCUCGUGGGGAGUGCUGCUGAACUCUGGGAUAGGAGAAGGAGCUCCCAGGAGUUUUUCGGCCAGGAUUCUGGGUAUGGUGUGGGCAGGGUUCGCCAUGAUCAUCGUAGCUUCAUACACUGCCAACCUGGCAGCCUUCCUGGUGCUGGACCGGCCUGAGGAGCGCAUCACUGGCAUCAACGACCCCAGGCUGCGUAACCCAUCAGAUAAGUUCAUCUACGCCACAGUGAAGCAGAGCUCGGUGGAUAUCUACUUCAGAAGGCAGGUGGAGCUGAGCACCAUGUACCGGCACAUGGAGAAGCACAACUACGAGAGCGCCGCCGAGGCCAUCCAAGCUGUGCGAGACAAUAAGCUUCACGCCUUCAUCUGGGACAGCGCCGUGCUGGAGUUUGAGGCGUCGCAGAAGUGCGAUCUGGUGACGACAGGAGAGCUGUUCUUCCGCUCCGGAUUCGGGAUCGGAAUGAGGAAGGACAGCCCGUGGAAACAGAACGUGUCUCUGGCUAUUCUCAGUUCUCAUGAGAACGGCUUCAUGGAGGAUCUCGACAAGACGUGGGUUCGAUACCAGGAGUGCGAUUCCAGGAGCAACGCCCCGGCCACCCUCACUUUCGAGAACAUGGCGGGUGUGUUCAUGCUGGUUGCUGGAGGCAUCGUGGCUGGGAUCUUCCUCAUCUUCAUCGAGAUCGCCUACAAACGGCACAAAGACGCCCGCAGGAAACAGAUGCAGCUCGCCUUUGCUGCCGUCAAUGUGUGGAGGAAGAACCUGCAGGAUAGGAAAAGUGGUAGAGCAGAGCCCGAGCCCAAACUGAAAACCUCUUUUAGGUCCAUCACCUCGACCUCCGACCUCAAACGCCGUAGGGCCUCCGGGGACACCACGCUCCAUCAUCUCCUUGCUGACUCAUCAUGGCCGCCCGUCUGUCGGUCAGCCAUCUUUGCUUUCCACCUCCAUCAGCUCAUCUGUCCCACUGAGACAGACAAAAGGCGAAAGACUGAAGACAGAAAGAAACGUCCGGUUCGGUCCGCCCAGGCAGCCGUACCCGACCGACAUCACCGGCCAGCUCAACCUAUCAGAUCCCUCCGUCAGCACCGUGGUCUGAGAGAGCGAGCGAGCUUCACUGCUGCUGCUGAGCCACACAGACACACACUGACCCUCUGGAUACACAAACACACACGCACACACACAGAUGGACAGGAAGGACGAUGUAAUGACAGCAGGGCUUUUGGACGGUAUCCCAUAGUGACACACACACACACACACACACACACACACACACACACACGCUUAUCUUUAUUCCUUAUGGGACUGAAAAGCUGAUCUGGAACCUUAAUGCUAACACUGAACACCUUAAAGGAUGUCCCCAUAAUGCAGAAUUGUCCCCACAAAAUUUGCCUAAAUCACAGGACCCCACAAAAAUGUCAAUAGAAGCAUUUACAAACAUUAAGCAGCACACACAUUUUUACAAACACACACACCAUCUGUCACACUAACUCCCACCACACAAAGCAAACACACACACUGUACAAACACACACACACACACACACACUGUACAUACACACACACUGUACAUACACACACUUGCCUUCCUCUGCUUGUAGCUGUCUGCCUCCUCCCACCAGAGGGUCUUUUAUUUUGAAAGAACUGUUUGGGACUGGUUUCCUUCGGGUGGAUGUCUGUGGUGUUGUACAGUUUGUUCUGUUGAUCGCACUGAAUUAUCAAAAGUAUGACUGGUUUUGGAACUGGUCAUAACUGGCGGCGCCGUUCUUCUUGAUCUGAGUCCAUGAGCCUAAAUUGGGAUCGAUCUCCAGGAUCACCUGCGUCCCCGAUUACUGAUUACAGUUUGGCGGGUGGGAGGAGCCUCUGGGACAGGAGGUGGUUCCUUUACACAGAGUCACAGAUGUCGCCCGGAUCACCGAACCAGAGUGUGGGGUCAUCCCACUGAGGUUUGUGGGUGACGUCCUUUCACAGUGACGUAUGACCUGUUAGCAGGAAGCUGCGCCAUUUUGGUUCAGCGAUCCAGACAGUUUGUUUCUCUGUGUUCAGGAAAAUUUGGUAAAACUUUAUUUGAACCUUAAACCCGCUUCUGCACUGUGCAGCUGUGAGUGGACAUGGGGACAUUUCAGUCUAUUAUUGGCAUUAAUGUCCUCAUGUCUCCGUAAUGCAGAGUGUCCCCACAGUGCCUGACUGUCUUCAUAAAGGAAAAAUGUCCCCAUAAUACAGAGAUGUCCUCGUGCACGUAAAAGGGAUGCUUUCUGCCCCAAAAGCUCCUCCCACCGCUGACAGUCCCAGUGCAUGCUGGGAGAUGUAGUCACUGCCCCUCCUCCACUGUGUCCCCACUGAUGAUGUCAGUCUCCGCCUACCUCCACAGCCCUUUAGCUCCAACCUGAUGUCCCGUGGAAAGCUGCUAACUCCGCACAGAGCCAGCUGGAGUUGGGAGGCUUCCACGUUUUUGGUGUUAAGAACAGCAGCCGGCCGAGCACGUCACCGAGAACACGCGCAGGCAUCGCUCUGAGAAUCGACCUGCCGGCCGAGCGAGGUCAACCCGUCUGUCAGCAUCAAGACGUCAACCAGAAAGUCCAUGAAAAACUAACAGCGACGUUAUAAUAGUUUUAAUUUAUUUACAAGCUCAGUUUACAGCUCAGUGACAGAUACAUGGCUGUGCUGCGUGAUGCGUUCACGCACUAACACACAUUAAUACCUAUUUAUGUAUAGUUAUCACACACACGUCUGUAUGUCUCAAACACAUCACAUCUGUAUGGGCAGAUGUUGUUUUUAUAUGAAUGUUUUUACAGUUUCGAAUAUGAUUUAGAAACAUUUAGAAAAUCCACAAACGCUCACAUCAGUGAAAAACGUAUUUGUUCUUUUUACGGAAUAAAGUUCAAUCAUUUCAUUCAGAAACGUCCUCGUAAGGCAGGGCACGUUAUUAAUGAUGACUUUUACUUUGGCACAGUUUACAGUCCUUCCUGUGCACUUCACAAUAAGAGUACUGCUUUGUUCCAGAAAUGAAAGCUGAAUAAAAUGAUAUGUGAUAAAGUGUCGAUGUCGUCACGUGAGCGUCAGGUUCCUCUCUCGGUGUUGAGCUGCACGUUUCCGAUUCUCCUCACACUGACGUGUAUUCGUGCCGGCGUGACCUGUGCAGGUCUGAUCAGGUUUGUGACAAGUUGGGCUUCACGCCGUCGUUCUCGGUGACGCUCGGCUUCACGCCAGGCGAGCUGCACCAAUCGCUUCACAGCUGGAGCACAUCUGCAGAUUCAGCCUGGUGAUGGGAGUCUAACGGUGAUCCGCAGACUCAUUCACGCUCUUAUUUUGUUUAAACUGAGGAACACGACUCGGAGGUUUAGAAGCUCUUUGGACAAACGAUUAAAGAGUAAACUCCAGAAGCAAAACAAAAGUGUUUAAAUGUGACGCCGUUUAAAUAUCCAGGCAUCACAGAAAUAUGGAGGCACUUCAUGUUGAUUUGUUGAAACUGACUGUGGGGAGGAAGAACACCCUCUGAACAGGAAGCACAGCUCAGAUCCUCUGAGAUCUGGUCGGUAACACAGGAAACAAAGGAAGACGUUCAUGUUCAAAAAUAAAAGUCAAGAACAAAAUAUCUGAAAGUUUUCCUCAGCUGUUUUUAAGAAACUGUCUUUUACUUUGAAGUGGUUCGGCAAUUUCAAAAUAAAAGACUUCUUAAACGUAUUUAUGGGUAGUAUUAAUUUAGAAACUUUGAUGAGUGUUGGUGCAGCUCACCCGUGUCACAUGACACGUGACGUGCUGUGAUGUCACAGUCUGUAUUUAUUUUUGUUGUUUACUUUGUUUCUGAUGUAAACACACUGUACAGAUGAUGAUGAUGAUGAUGAAGAAGGUCUCACCUGUAAGCUGAUUGACUGCGGCUCGCUAGAAGAAGUUUUAUUUUUGUGUUCACAUUUUACUUCCUGUAUCAUAAACACUGAAACUGUAGAAGAAGAAGUUUCCCACCAUCUGUGCACCAUUGACCUUUGACCUCCAGCCCGGUUAGUGUUUGGUUGUUUUUUGACACAUGUAGCCGCUCGACUCGAGUCGAGUUUCAGCGAUUCCACCGCAGACAUUUUACUCUAAUCCACUUCCUGUGUCAGACAGGAAGUGGGGUGUUGCUGUAGAGCUUGGUGUGUGUUUCAGAUUUUAGCGGCGCCGUGUCAUCACGUGAACACUUUUGAAUCCGUGUUUGUGUAACUGAGCUUAACCUGCCCGUCGUCUCUGCCGACGACACUUUCAGUAAUAAACUAAUAUUUAUUUGAAA